CCCCCCGCAAGCUGUUUUAAGAAAUUUAAUUUGUCUGGGGCAUUGGAACAGGUCGAAACUAGCUUUGGUGUGGCUCGACAUCGUUCAUGGCUAGUACUCCGGCGCAUUUGGUGGUUCACGAACCAAACAAGAUUAUUUUUGGUUUCCUUGGGGUACUGGUAGAGAAAGAAGAAGCUUAGGACGGGGCAGCACAAGAGAGAAGAUCUUGAAAGAGAGGUCACAAUGCUCCGGACAAUGCUUGAUCAUCAACAAAAGGUUCAUGAAAUACUGGAGCGCGUGCAUCGUCGAAAUGAUCGUCAUUCUGCUUUGUCCAUCCCAAACUUCCUUCCUCCCAAGGCGAAAGAGCUAUUGGCAGAGUUAGCUAUGGUUGAGCACGAGAUAUCUCGAUUAGAAACCCAAAUCGGCCAGCUUCAAACAGAUUUGCAUCGCGAAAAGGAGACCAAUAAGGAGUAUAAGUUUGAACAGUUGCAUCACGCAGCUCUGAACAACCAACGCGGAUUUUCAUCACUUCCAUCGCCAAGAUCGAAUCCCAGCGCAUUGGGGGCUAGCGAAAGGGUUCCAUUCGAGACCAAGUCGUUGCAUUUCAUAAGCAAAGCAAUAAAAGGAGAUUACAACGCGAAUGACUUCAGUAUCAAGGAGAAAUUGAUGGGAAAUUUGAGAGCAAUGAUCUCUGAUCACAAGGAAAACAAUUUCCAAAAGGAGGCCGUCGGAAUUCGACAACUCGACGAGAAGUUAGUUUCAAGGAAGAGUGGGAUGCUAAAACCAAUUUCACCCUCACCGUUGCGCGAGCCAACACAUCCUUCCCCAAGGAGACAGAGUAAUGCAGAGGUCUCGUCAGACCUCCCGCCGAAACCUAUCCCGAGUCCAGUUCAGCAACAAUCGGAAGAAGAAAGCACCCAGAAGUUGCCACCAAACAAGCUAGCAGAGAACAUAAUGAAGUGUUUGAUCUUCAUUUUCGUGAGACUUCUCAGAACGUCAAGAGCAAUGGAGCUAGAGAAGUCCGGGGCCAUUUCACGGUCCGCCAAUUUUCCUUUGAGCUCAAGAAGCUUCAGGGUCGACACUAGCUCCAACAUCAGUAAGGCCAGCAGCCUAAUACAGAGAGAAUCAAAGCAACAAGAUCCUUACGGUAUUUUCAACUCAGAAGAAUCGAUUCCAAGGGACAUUGGACCCUAUAAGAACUUGGUUAUGUUCACAGCUAGGAAUUUGGACCCCAAAUGCAUCUCAAAUUCUAGUUCUAUCCCUCUAGUACAAAAAUUAAGGGUUUUAAUGACCAGUCUCCAAAUAGUGGAUUUGAGAUUUUUGAAUCAUCAACAGAAACUAGCAUUCUGGAUCAACAUGUACAAUGCUUGUAUCAUGCAUGGAUUUCUCCAAUAUGGAGUCCCUUCUAGUUCUGAAAAUCUGCUUACACUGAUGAACAAGGCGACACUUAACAUUGGAGGUAACAUAAUCAAUGCUCACACCAUUGAGCAUUUUAUUUUGAGAAAACCAGCUGCAUCUUCCAUAUUCAAAGAGGUUUGCCGCAAGGGCGACAGGGAGGAUAAAGAAGUCAUGGUUCGCGAACUAUAUGGGCUGGAGUCAUCAGAUCCCAAUGUCGCAUUCUCUCUGUGCUGCGGGACUCGUUCUUCUCCUGCCGUGAGAAUAUACACUCCCGAGGGCUUAGCAGCCGAGUUGGAGAAAUCGAAGCUAGAGUACCUGCAAGCUUCAAUUUUGGUGACAAGCAGAAAGAGGAUUGCUCUACCGGAGCUUCUGCUUCAGAAGAUGCACGAUUUCACCCAAGAUAUGGACUCGCUUGUGGAAUGGGUCUGCCACCAGCUACCCGCGUCUGGUUCGCUUAGGAAAUCUCUGGUGGAUUGCUUUAGGAACCUGAUUGCCAGCGGCGGGAAGGUGUCCGCCAUUGUUGACAAGAUACCUUAUGACUUUGAAUUUCAAUAUCUCUUGUACGUAUAGAGAUUGAUCAUUUUUGGAAUGAUUCAAAUAUAUCCAUAAUUGCAUGCA